UUUUUAUUGUAUUGUCAUGCAUAAAUAAAAUAAAUAGCUCAAAAUAAAAAUAAUUAUUGUUUGAUUUACGUGUCAACUUCGUAUUUGACAUACCUUUUCCAGUUCAAUUUUGUUCUCUAACUGCUUUUGCCUAUUGAAUGCUUCCAACUCCUCCCUUGAGACUGUUUUGACACCUUCUUUGGCCAAUUUCUUGGUCCAGACAAAGGUAUUAGUCAAAGCUGAAUCUCCGAACGGAUUGUCUUGGUUAGUGUAGCACUGGUACUCAUUGUCCCAACCCAUCCGCUCACGCCUUUUUCUCUCUUUCUCUUGUUUCUCUUGAAGACGACGUGCCCUGUACAAAUGCAACAUAACAUGUCAUCUAAAUUAAUACAAUAAGUGAAGACUUCAUUAUACAGAACUCAGUUAUAAAUGUUUGCGAAUAUCCAGAAUUUUAUCCUGCCAAGCACCAACUGAAAUAUUUUUUACCUACAACUGACGAAACAAGGAGGAGUGUCAUAUAUUCAAGGAUUAUAAUAUAUUAUGUAUGUAUGAGUUUCAAGGAGCACGAUGGUGCAAGUCGUAAGCACGUUCUGCUGCGAUCGUUGAAGUUAAGCAAUUUUUGCAAUGGUCAGUCAUUGGAUUUAACCAAAAAAUGAUUAUCUUAAGCUCUUCCGGUUGUAUCUGCAGACUUUAGCACACACCAAUAUUACAAGCAAUGUAUUUUAAAAUAAAUCAAUGUAUCACAGGUCUCCAUUAUCAAAGCCAGAACUAUUUUAGUUUUUCUUUUAUUAUUACAUUAUGGAUAUCAGUCUCGAUGAUGAUUUACAGUAAAUACUACUACUGUUAGCAUGUAAAAAAAGACCAUAAAUUAUUAUUAUUAUUAAAUGGCCCCUUAUCCUUUCCUCUAUUAUCAAAUACUAGCCCCAAAGUAAGCCUGUAGGAUUGUAUUAUGGGAUUCUUGGGUAACGCAUAGAAUACAUAUAGUAAGUUAGUUUUUCAGGGCAGUUUCCACACUUAGUCUUAAUUAUUGGACCAGGAGUGGGAACACCUUCAUGCACUUUUGUAGAGGUAUUCAUACAUAUUCAUAUACCUACAUAUUAAAUAUCCAUAGCUGGAGUACAAAUGCUUGUGUUCAUCACACAAACAUCUGCUCCCACCGGAAUUUCGAACCUGGGACGUACGAGUAGGCGACACCUUGAAACCUGGCAUACAAAACACUGGGCCACAGAGGUUGUCAAAUAUAUUUCUUUAUUCUAUUUCUGCUAUCAAAAUUUAAGUUAAGUUUGAAGAAUUAUGCCAAGAUCAGGCCCAAAAACAAUCUCAUUUGACUCUUGUAAGUAAAAUAGUCAUUUCAUGAUUGAAAUUCAAAUAGGAUAGUUUAAAAAAAUCAAUACAAUUGAAUAUAGUGGUGUCGAUUUUGGCAUGAUUCUCUAAACCUAAACUUAAAUUAGACAACAGUGUAUCCACAUCCCUAAUAAGGCUAGUUAUUGCAGUCUCUGUACACCCACUAUUAUUUCUUUCAAUAUUUCUACCCAAUCUUUCCGUGUACCAGAUUUAAUCUAAUCUAGUAUUUCCAACAUGGAUAAAGGCAAUAAAGAAAUACAUAACAGAUUAUUCAGUACACAUAAAACUUAAAAAUUUAUAUGAAUUUAGAAAAUAAACAUAAAAUAAUAAAUAACCAUAUUAUACAGUACCUCUUUUCCUCAGGAGUCUCAUUAGCUUUCAUCAGCUCUUUUUGCUUCUUCUUCUCUUCUUUGAGACGGAGGCGUUCUGCUUCUAGUCUCUGGAGUAGUUUCAAUUCUUCUUCAUCUGUAUCACUGCUGUUAGAGCUACUGCUAGAUGAAGAAUGUCUCUUCUUUUUCUUCUUACUUUUCUUAUGUUUAUGUUUUUUAUCUUUCUUAUUCUUUUCCCUACUGGAAGAUCUGUGCUUGUUGGAUCUGUCUGGAGAGAGUGAUCUUGAUUUCCGCUCAUAACUUCUGGGUCUAUUGUCACGUCGACGUUCUACAGAUCUACUUUUAGAAUGUUCCUGAUAUCUCGUCACCUCAUGUCUCGAAGACCUGUUAAAAAUAAAAAUUAUCUUGUUUUAACAUAUAGUUCAAAAUAGUAUUUAUAAGUUUACACUCAGUUAUACAUGUUUCUUCACAAGAUCCAUAUCUAUUAUUUAGAAAAUUAAAGGUUUCAUUGCAGGGACAACGGAUUGGGUAAAAGAUUGUACUUACAUUCUUUUUCAAGAAAAAGUUGCAAUAAACAACACAAUAUUUGGUUGCAGUAAAAUUUUCACGAGAACCCACACACACAGCAAUAGAAAUUAUUUUGUUGACAUUUCCAGUCCAGGUUUCCACAGAUUACGGACAAAGAUUACUCAGUCAAGUCAAAGCAGACAGAUGUAUCGCGUGGCAAAUUCCGUUGUUAGAGUGAGAUCACACACGCACAGUAGAGCAGCAUCCCGUUUUAACAGCUGUUUUUGCAUUCAGUUGAUGACACUGGGUUGCGUUUAAAACCCCGUUGUAACUUUUAAUAUCGAAGUUAUGUCAAAAUUGAAAUGUCAAGGUAAAAAUUUGCACUCAGAGCCUCUCAGAGCCUAGGUUUAGAACGAAGCCCGGGACUAAUUGCCAACGGAGAGAACAGAACCAAAAAAAAAUUGCCUUGUUGAAAUUCGCUAUGUAUAUUUGACAGCAGUCCUUUGCAGCAGUCUCUCCUCAUUCAGAGCAUGAUAAGUAAGCUACAUUCUCAGUCAGAAACUUUCGAAAAUGUCGUUCUUACGAGGUUCGGAAAAUUAUGUGUGGUGUACAACGAGCGUAUUAGGUAAGGGAGCCACAGGGGCUGUUUUUCAAGGAGUGAAUAAAAACAAUGGUGAACCAGUGGCAGUGAAAACAUUCAACCAGCUCAGCCACAUGAGACCUCAUGAUGUCCAGAUGCGGGAGUUUGAAGUGCUAAAGAAAGUGAAACAUAAAAAUAUUGUAAAGCUACUGGCAAUUGAAGAGGAACAAGAGGGCAGAGGCAAAGUUAUUGUAAUGGAGUUGUGCACUGGGGGCAGCCUAUUCAAUAUUUUAGAUGACCCUGAGAACACUUAUGGCUUGCAAGAGCAAGAGUUCCUUCUAGUCCUAGAACAUUUAACAGCUGGUAUGAAGCAUUUGAGAGAUAACAAUUUAGUACAUAGAGAUUUAAAGCCAGGUAACAUAAUGAAGUAUAUUAAUGAAGAUGGCACAACAACAUAUAAGUUGACAGAUUUUGGGGCAGCAAGAGAACUGCAGGAAGAAGAACAAUUUGUUUCGUUAUAUGGUACUGAAGAAUACCUUCAUCCUGACAUGUAUGAGAGAGCAGUGCUGAGGAAACCAGUGGGAAAAAGUUUUGGUGCAACAGUAGAUCUGUGGUCCAUAGGAGUUACUUUGUACCAUGUGGCAACAGGACAGUUGCCAUUUAGGCCAUAUGGAGGUAGAAGAAAUAAAGAAACCAUGUUUUACAUUACAACCAAGAAAGCAUCUGGUGUCAUAUCUGGGACACAAACAACAGAAAAUGGACCUAUAGAGUGGUCACGAGAGCUACCGGCACAUUGUCAGCUCAGUGUCGGGCUUCGUAAGCUGGUGACCCCGUUACUGGCUGGCCUGCUGGAAGUGGACCCGCACAGGAUAUGGAGCUUUGAGCGCUUCUUUUCAGAAGUGCAGAUAGCAACAUCCACAAUUCCUGUUCAUAUAUUCCAUGUCAACAAAGCCUCUAGUCUGAAGGUGUUUCUGAAACCGGAUGAAAAAUUCGAACAUCUGCAGACAUACAUAUUGGAGCAGACCAGCGUGGUGGCCGAGUCGCAGAUCAUCCUCUACAAGGACCGCCUGCUGCUCACUGAGAUUGAGGAGAACACGCUUGGUAAGAACUUCCCGGAGACGACGGAGGAGCGGCCGCUGAUGUUGUUCAACAAGAACAACCACAACGUGAGCCUGCCGCCGGAACCGGACCCGCCCAAGUUUCCCGUCUUCCCCAACAUCGUGUCCGUGGAGAACGACGCCACGCAGGCCAAGACGGCGUGCAGCGUGGGGCACGCGGUGUGUCGGCGGGUGGAGGCGCUGUGUGCGGCGUCGGUGCUGUGCGCGCUGUGCGUGCGGUGGUGGGGCGGGCUGGUCGGGGCGCGGCUGCAGGCGGCGGCGGCGCGCGCGCACCACUGCGCCGCGCACGCAGACCGCCUGCACUCGGCCGCGCGCGCGCUGCAGCUGGCCGCGCGCCGGCACCCGCGCCCGCACCCGCCUGUGGCCACUACUGCCGCGCCUGCCACUACUGCCGCGCGAGCCAGAGAGGUGCGUGCGGUGGUGGGGCGGGCUGGUCGGGGCGCGGCUGCAGGCGGCGGCGGCGCGCGCGCACCACUGCGCCGCGCACGCAGACCGCCUGCACUCGGCCGCGCGCGCGCUGCAGCUGGCCGCGCGCCGGCACCCGCGCCCGCACCCGCCUGUGGCCACUACUGCCGCGCCUGCCACUACUGCCGCGCGAGCCAGAGAGGUGCGUGCGGUGGUGGGGCGGGCUGGUCGGGGCGCGCACGCAGGCGGCGGCGGCGCGCGCGCACCACUGCGCCGCGCACGCAGACCGCCUGCACUCGGCCGCGCGCGCGCUGCAGCUGGCCGCGCGCCGGCACCCGCGCCCGCACCCGCCUGUGGCCACUACUGCCGCGCCUGCCACUACUGCCGCGCGAGCCAGAGAGGUGCGUGCGGUGGUGGGGCGGGCUGGUCGGGGCGCGCACGCAGGCGGCGGCGGCGCGCGCGCACCACUGCGCCGCGCACGCAGACCGCCUGCACUCGGCCGCGCGCGCGCUGCAGCUGGCCGCGCGCCGGCACCCGCGCCCGCACCCGCCUGUGGCCACUACUGCCGCGCCUGCCACUACUGCCGCGCGAGCCAGAGAGGUGCGUGCGGUGGUGGGGCGGGCUGGUCGGGGCGCGCACGCAGGCGGCGGCGGCGCGCGCGCACCACUGCGCCGCGCACGCAGACCGCCUGCACUCGGCCGCGCGCGCGCUGCAGCUGGCCGCGCGCCGGCACCCGCGCCCGCACCCGCCUGUGGCCACUACUGCCGCGCCUGCCACUACUGCCGCGCGAGCCAGAGAGGUGCGUGCGGUGGUGGGGCGGGCUGGUCGGGGCGCGCACGCAGGCGGCGGCGGCGCGCGCGCACCACUGCGCCGCGCACGCAGACCGCCUGCACUCGGCCGCGCGCGCGCUGCAGCUGGCCGCGCGCCGGCACCCGCGCCCGCACCCGCCUGUGGCCACUACUGCCGCGCCUGCCACUACUGCCGCGCGAGCCAGAGAGGUGCGUGCGGUGGUGGGGCGGGCUGGUCGCGGCGCGCACGCAGGCGGCGGCGGCGCGCGCGCACCACUGCUGACCCUUUGACGCAUUCAUUGAUGUCAUUAAUAUAAAGGAUAAGUAACAAUGGUCCCGAUUGAGAGCCCUGAGGAACACCAGAAGUAAUAGAUCUAUACUGAGAAGUAUAUCCUCGCACGGAAACGGAAGCUUGCAAGCGAUUUUCGAUAUUCAAAAUGUGUUGUAGUGAUGGGGUGUGGGUAACUCACGGGAGUAAUCACAACGAGCGUUCCAUGUGAAAUAAACAUUUUAUUAACUUAACCUACAUCUUAUAUACUACUAUCUUAUAUAUAGGGCUUAAAUACCUAAUCGUAUCGGGAAUGAUUAUCAUCACGUAGUACGCGUGAUUUACACUUCACCACAGUGUGCGCAUCUUUAAUUUCGCGGCUAAAAGUAUUUGUUUUUUUAAUUAUGUAUGCAUCGGGUAGAAUUGUUGAAGAGUAGCAAGAAGUUUUUAAAUGUUACAUUAAAGAAUCAAUCGCGAUAGUCGAUAAAUUGCGCAGUCCGCAGUUAUAAAUCCGUAGCCAUUUAACGUGCCGGGAGCUAUAUAAUGUUGUAUUUAUUGUAGGCGCACGCGCUGCACGCAGCAGCGUCGGCACUAGUAAGCCGACACGCGGGCGGCGCCGCGCUGCGGGAGGAGUGGGACGCGGGCGGGGACAACGCGCCCUGUCCCGCCGCCGCGAGACUCAACGCGCGCGCCCGGACGCUGGUAAUGUGCUGCAUAUAUAUACAUACAUACAGGCGGGCGGGAGGAGUGGGACGCGGGCGGGGACAACGCGCCCUGUCCCGCCGCCGCGAGACUCAACGCGCGCGCCCGGACGCUGGUAAUGUGCUGCAUAUAUAUACAUACAUACAGGCGGGCGGGAGGAGUGGGACGCGGGCGGGGACAACGCGCCCUGUCCCGCCGCCGCGAGACUCAACGCGCGCGCCCGGACGUUGGUGGCUCGGUUGCGCGACUCGUGGCAGCACCUAGUGCGGGAUCGCGCGACUCGCUCGCUGACCUACAACGACGAGCAGUUCCACGUGCUAGAGCGGAUCACCGUCGCCGAGACCGCGCGCCGGCUGCGGGCCAUACUGCAGCAGGCCGCGCCCGCAGCACGCGCCCGCGCCGCGCACCUCGCCGACUGGCACAAGGUGGCGGCCACAGUGUUCCUGCAGACGCAGAUCCUGGACAAGGACGUGGCGAGCCUGGAGCUGAAGCUGCUGGCGCUGGCGGCGCGCCUGCAGGACGCGGAGCAGGCGGUGCGGACCGCGCUUGAUGCCCAAGACAAGCCCAUGGAGGAAGGAGCGGACGAGGUUAGAUCCAAUGAUAAGGCGGGGUCCGGUCAGACGGCGACACCCACAGCCUCAGCGCGGGGCGUGGGGUGCGCGGGGGCGGGGGUCAGGGCUCUACUGUCGGCACAAGCGGAGGCGGGCGCCGCCGUCAGGCACAACGCCGCGCUCCUCGCCACACUCCGCGCCCUCACCGACCAGCUGCAGCCCUAGCGCUCCGCCCCAUCACUGUCCUCCAGCGAUGCCCCGCCCUCCAGCGAUGCCCCGCCCUCCAGCGAAGCCCCGCCCUCGAGCGAUGCCACGCCCUCAAGCGAUGCCACGCCCUCCAGCGAUGCCCCGUCCUCCAGCGACGCCCCGCCCUCAACCGACACCUCGUUAGACUCCCCCUCCCCGCCGGCCACUGUCAUACAUCACUCUUCGGAGUCUUCGUCGGAAUCGCGCUCCACCUGUGCGCUCGUGUAGUGAAGUGCCCGGGAUACAGUGCGAUCCUCAAAAUCCCGCUCCAAUAGUGACUAAUAUGAUUAUAGUGAGAUUUAUUUUAGUGAGGAUCACGCUCCGAGUUCGUGUUGCGACUGAUAUAGUGGGAUUCAAACUUAAUCGCGCUUGUGAAGUUACCGUAAAUAUGAAUAAAUCUGUAUUCGAUAUCAAUUAUUAUAUGUACUUAAAAAAACCAAAAGGUGCAGAAGACUACAUAGCCUGAAAUAAGAUUGUCCUGUGCUUCAGACAAAAGGAUCACAGAUCUACUUGAAAUAUGUAUGGGUUAUACACCUUUAGAGAAGAGAUUGCUAAAUAGAAAGUCACUGGAAACAAUUACUGAGAGUUUAUUGGGAUAAUUUACACUACUAUAACAAAGUCUAUAAACAGGAAAAUUAAAAAAAGUAUGGUAAAAGUAUGGUUUACGUAUGGUGAAAAGGUAAGAGUGAGUACGCGCGGUUGGUAAGGCUACCGGAUAGACACUAAUUAUAGAUUCAAUAUGUUAUUAUUGCGAAACAAUGAAAUUAAUAAAUUAUAAAGUAAUAAGUCGCGCAGCGGGUCAUAUUGCUGACGCGUUAACCUACUUAAUAUGAGUUUAAUGUGCGGCUAAACCCGUACAAAAUAAUCAAUAGCACAAUCAAAAAGAGAAUAACAAAAAACAAAUAUACUUAAUCUUGUUAUAAUGCUUGAUGUUUAAAUCUAAAGAACUGCUUGAUGUUUAAAUCUAAAGAAAAUGUAACUAGAAAAAAUUCCACGUGGACCAGGCAGCAGACGGGACUCGAACCCGCACCCUUCGCAAUCCGGGCGAAUGCACUGACCAAUUAUGCUACCGCGGCCCUCAUGGACCGCGUCGAAAUACCUCUAGCCAUUCUUAAGCUGCAAGGCAGCGCCAUCUCUUCGCAUUAUAGGUAACCCACAAUGUCAAAUGAAUACUGUUACAAGUAUUAAACAUUUGAAAGAAGAAAUAGCAGUUAUAGUUAUAAUUUAAAUUUUUAAAGCAUGUAACUGCUUGAUGUUUAAAUCUAAAGAAUACUUAAUCUAAUUUAAACGUUUUAUUAAUUAUGAUAUGCUAAUUACAGCCCUCCUGGCUAAUUACAUACUGACGCUAAAGCUUCACCCCUUCUGUUUCCUCGAGCAAUGAAUCAUUAGGCUCCCCGCCAGCCACUGACAUACAACACUCUUUGAAAUCUUCAACGGAAUCGCGCUCCAACAUGCGCUCCUUUUACGACUGAUAAAGUACCAAUCAAACUAUUUGGCGACUGUAAAGUUAACGCAACCCACGGUAACGAAAUGUACAGUACCCCUAGCACGAACCAAUAUCGAAUUCGAAUAGUUUGCGAGUACGAAAUGUCGUUGUCAAAUGUGUACUGAUUUUUAGUUCUCGUUACGUACUUUUUGCCGCUGCUGUUCAAAUUUCCAUACAAAAUUUGUCAUCGACAUUUCGCACUCUCAAAUCGAAUUCGAAUUCCAUAACACUACGGGAUAUUGGCGAAAUUUCUGUGUAAAACGGUAACAGCCACAGAACAAAAAAAAAUGAUUCGUGCUAAGGGUACUGUACAGUGCGACAAGGAUUUAUAUGAAUGUGAGUGACAGUUCAGGGAGGGCGUCAUUGUCUACGUAAAUGACAUAUAAAAUAUGACGUUUACGGCGUUUAAUACGGCGUUAGUUCCAAUUUUCGCCACACUCAUAAAGAUUCUUGUCGCACUAUUAGAUGAUUUAGGUACGCGUAGGAUGUCAUUGAACGCAUAUUUGCAGUUUUUAUUCUAAGUUCACAAACAAAGUCAUAUACAGUAUGAAUCACAUUAUAAACACAUCGCACCAAGUUUUUUCAAUUUAAAGUAAUUACCGGAUUAGUCUCUCUGAUAUAUCGCCAUGUUUUUAAUGCCAUGA